UGCACGCCUUGGUUUCAACUCGUCCCGGCUGCCGCUCAGUCCGAUAUAUCACCCACUGGACGAGCCACGCAACUGCAAUUGCCAAUUCUCCCUCUCCGCAAUCAUGGUCAACGUUGCUGUGACUUCGCAAUUGAAGCAGUGGACCUUCGACAAGCCUGCCGUUGUCGCCCGCCCACAGCGUUCUAGUACUGACAGUGCUGCCUCGAGCCCCAACCUGUGCGACGAUGCUCCCGACACCCUGCGCAUAGACUCGGCCCCUGCACAAACCUCGAGUCCCUCCACCAAGAAGCAAGGCAGAGUUUUCCAGGAGCGAUACCUCUCCAGCGAAGAAGACCUCACUGCCGACGACGCUUCCGCCUCUGAAUCUGAAUAUGACUACGAUGACGUGGUUGUCCACGACCUCUCACACGAGUGCAAGGCGAGGACCAUGUCUGUAUCGAGAUGGGACAAGGGAAAGAGCUGCGACAUGGCCGUGUUAGUCUCCUACGCGAAUGCAGGUCGUCCCAAGGUUGUUGAGGUCGACUGCCGCUCACCUGUCGAUCGCCCAACGGUGCAGCAGCGCUCGGCUUCAGUCGCCAACCUGCUCCCAAUUACCACAGCCAGCAAGCUACGCAAGGCCGACGAGGCACAGCGCCUGUCUAUGAAGGUGAUGCCUACAAGUCGUCCGGCUUCACCACCUCUUUCUCGCUCAACAUCGCCUGUCGCCGACCCCGAGCCCCGACGGCCCUCCACCAGCCACAGCCCCAUCACGCAGAAGCCUACCACGUACCCCGACUCCGCUUCCUUUACAUCGUCCUUCCAGACCGGCUCAAGUCGUAGCUUCUCACCUGCACCAAGCGAAGCACCUCGCCGGCCCUCCACCUCUGCUCGUUCCUCCGUAUACGUUCCCACAAAGUCCCGUCUUGACCUGUCACGGAUACAAACAUCACAAUCGUCAUACCAGUCGUCGUAUCGGCAAUCACAAUUCGCUCCGCUGACUCCUCAGUCGCCCGCUCUAUCUUUCCUCAGCUCUGACCCCUACGAGAACCAGAACAAGAGCGCUGCGUCGCCCAUCAUCAAGAAGCCUGCUGCGCACCGACGGCUACGGUCGAUAUCCAUGAAGCUGUCUCUGGCCAAGAUUGCCAUUUCGCCAGCGAAGAAGCCAUACGACUCUCGCAUCAACGGCAGAGCCCCAGGAGGCCCCACCACACCAAUGACACCAGCGCCCAUGACCCCCAUGACUGCACCCAUCCAAGGCACCGACAACUUCUCCAGCCCAAACAAACUCCGCCGCGCAUCUACCAUCCUCCGACCCAAGUCUCGCGGCAGCGAGUCCAAGCGGACACCCACACCAGAGACCGCUCCCCCGGUCCCGCAACUCAGCACUAUGCAGCAAAAGCGCUCCACCACCAUGGGCAGGAUGACAGCCCGGGGCGCCAACGAGCGUGAACCUACACUUGUCAUACCAGAGUUCCUUGGCAGCGAGACCGAUGACGCGACGUCCAGCAUCAAGAGCCGCGCAAUCCGACGACGCAAGUCACUAAUGGAUUUCAUGGAUUCCCUAUGAACGCAUCAAGAACUCAAUCUGUUUCGAAACGCUCGCAUAAACGCAUAGACGAACCUCCCCAGCAUGCGACUACCUUGUACAU